UAUGCACGCGGACAGCUGUUGAAAAAGAAAGUUAACACCACAGACAUCUCAAGAAUCAACACAGCUGGCGAGGUAGACCUGGUUGUCUUCGACAAGACAGGCACCCUGACUGAGCUGGGCGUGGACAUCCUCUGCUUCGACACCAUCAAAAGGUCAUUCGAGAAAAUCGAGGACAUCGACACAGUUGCAAGAAUGGCCCUCAGCACCUGCCAUUAUGUCGUAGAGCUCGACAACCAGUACUCCGGUGACAUACUCGACAUGAAGAUGUUUCUGUUUUCACAAUCGAAGAUCUUCAAUAGGGGCAAUAGAAGAUUCGUAGAGAUGGAAGUGGUGAACAAGUAUCAUGCAGUGUGCAAGGAGUAUGGCGGCAAGGAGGACGAGUGCACUGUGUUUUUCAAUGCAGAGACCAGCUCAUCGUCUACGAGUGUGGAGCAGUGUCCAGAAGACACACUUGAGAUUCUCAGGAUCUAUGACUUUGAUCUGUACCUAAAGCGGAUCAGUGUGGUGGUGAAGAACAACGAGGGCAGGGUGUUUGUAUUCAGCAAGGGGGCGCCCGACUCUAUGAGAAGCACUCUGAGGAGUGUGCCAGACAGCUAUGUGGAGAAGGUCAGGGACUAUGGGCUUGAGGGAUACAGGGUUCUGACAGUGGCAUACAGGGAGGCUACAGAGCAUGGAAGUCGGGAGACAGACGAGAGCGGCCUGGAGUUUCUGGGGUUUUUGGUGUUUGCAAAUAAGCUGAAGGAGGAGACGGAGAAGGUGAUUGGGGAGCUGAGGGAGGCUGAGCUUCGUCCCAAGAUGUGCACGGGGGACAACAUUCUGACGGCGAUCAGUGUGGCCAAGGAGUGUGGGAUGAUUGACAAGACCACGCCGGUGCUAUUUCCGGUGCUGGAGGAGGGAUGCAAAUCGGUGCACGAUGUUGAAUGGUUUUGUGUGGCAGAUGAAGACUA